CUUUCACUGUGAUGAGUACUUAUAAGAAACAUGUGCUUUAAAAUUCAUGCUAAUAACGAGCAUAUUAUUGGAUUAUACGUCAUUUUGAUUGCUAUCUAUGUUUUGGUCAAAGCUCAGUAUGGAAAUUGGGGAUAUGGAUACUCAGCUACUCAAAUAUUAUCAGAUACUUUUGUGUCAGGAUCGGCUACGGGUCAAGAUAAUUCGUAUUUAAAAUGUCAAAAACCAGUAUUGAAUCAAGAAAUUCAGGUAAACAUUCGACGUCAACUGAAAAUGAGUAAAAUUGAAUUCAUGUAUCCACAAGUGACUGACGGGGGCUCAUUUCGACCCGCUGACUGUAGGCCAUCACAGCGUGUAGCCAUCGUUGUCCCUUUUAGGGAUCGUUAUCAUCAGCUUCUACACUUACUUCAGAGGUUACAUGAAAUGCUGCAGCAGCAAAAAAGAGAUUAUACAAUAUUUGUUUUAAAUCAAGCCUACGAUGACAUUUUCAACAAGGGUAAAUUGAUAAAUUCAGGGGUACGAGAGAUUUUGGAUAACCAAAACAACAAAUAUGAUUGUUUUAUAUUUCAUGAUGUUGAUAUGCUACCACUGGAUAACAGAAAUAUAUACUCUUGUGGGGAAAAUCCGCGACAUCUCUCUCCAGCUCUUGACGAAAUGAGAUUUUUACUACCAUAUUACACUUUGACAGGGGGAGUUUUAGCUUUAACUCAUAAUCAGCUUAUAAAAUCUAAUGGCUAUUCUAACGAAUACUGGGGAUGGGGAGCGGAAGAUGAUGAUAUGUAUGAAAGACUGAUUGAAGCAGGUUAUAGUAUCGAUAGGCCUCACCCUUCUAUAGGCCGAUAUAUUAUGUUAAAGCAUGCUAAAAGAGAGAGAUCCACAGAACGACGUAAGACAAUGACUGAUGCUAUUUGUAUUGGAGAUUCUGUAUGCCUCUUUGAUGAGGAUAUGAAAGGUUUCGUGUACGCUAUUGAAUCCAGCUCAACAUUCUCUAAUGUCGCAGUCUCCGCCGGAGAUAAAAUUGGAAUUACGAAAAUACCGGAUAUUAACGCUCUAACUUUUGAAAUAUGUCCUUCUUUGAGAUACAAGAUGAAUAAAAUAUAUAGAAAGAAUUUGGAACUUGCCGAUAAAAGAGAUUAUAAAAUGGAAGAGGAAAGAGUGAGUAACUCUGAUUAUACAUAUAUACAUAUAUGCCUAAAUGUUUUUCAUCUGUUCUCUUUACCUCUUAAGAAAAAUAUGGAAUUGGAGAAUGAGGGAAAUAAUAAUGAAAAGAAAAGACUUAAAGGAAAGAAAUUACUCUACGGUCAAAUAGUACAAUUACGUCAUAUAUUUACUAAUAAAUAUAUUCAUAUGAGUACAAAAAAUACUUCUAUAACUGAACCAUCCUCUAUGGCAAUAUCUUUAGUUUCUUACGUUGCGAAACAAUCUCAUUUUCGUAUUUUACCUAAAUAUAAAAUUAAAUCAGAAGGAGAUAUUGUUCAAGUAAAUGAUCAAGUCGUUUUUGAGUCUUUAAAAACAGCAGGACAAUAUUUGCAUUAUGGAAAACAAUUUUUCACGAAUCCAUCACCUUAUCGUAAUUUGGCGUAUGAAAUGAAUUUGUCAGUUCAGCCGUCUGGAUUUUGUAUUUCCUUAUUUUCAAAACCACCUAGACACGACGAUUAUUUAAAGGCUGGUCAGGUUGUUCGAUUUUAUCAUAAGGAGCUCGAAGGUUAUUUGUGUGCCGAAGGGACAUUUGAUGAGGAAGGUGACGUUGCUGAAAAUGUGCAUAUAAGAGUAAGACCUGUUUCUGACAAGAAACCAAGAUCGAUUUUUCCGUCAGCCAAUGCAAUAACUUAUUGGCAAAUUGAAAAGGAACAAAACCCUACUGACGGUUCAUUUAUUAGAUGGGGACAACAGUGUCGAAUCCGUCAUAUGUGUACGCGACGCUAUCUUAGAUUAAGCAAUGAAGGAGAAAUUUCGUUAACUGUGGAUGGAUGUAGAGAUGCGCUAUGCGUUUUUCGAAUAUUUCCUGCCAUUGAACAGGAUGAAAAAGAAAUUUUUGUGGAAACUGACGAUUAUUGUAGAAUUCAACACGCCGCAUCCGGUUCCUGGAUUCACGGUGACCAGUCACCAUACGAAAGUAAAACUCGGAAGAGAUCUGACGAAACUGAAUCGUUAAUGGCGUCUUUAGUAUUAUCAAAAACAAAUCUAAAGAAAAUUGUUGCAAGACUAGAAAGACAAUACGAUGAUGUAUUUGCUCUUCAGAUAGUCAAACCAGAUGAUCAUGCAAAUUUUAAUUUUAUGGCUGGGAUGGUUCCAAGCUUAAAAGUUCUUAAAGAUAAAUUAAAAGAUCAAACAAAUCUUAGUAUUAAAUACAUGCUUGAUAUCCAAAGCUCCUUAAAGGAAAUGAGAGAUUAUAUGAUGAUAAAUGGUAUACCUCAGGGUAAAAGACAAAAGUUACUAAGAAGUCUUAUGAUAAUAGAGUUAUUAGUUGAUAUUCUUCGUAUUUCGGAAGAGAGACAUCAUAGAGGAGAUGUCCAGAAUACCUUCAUUUUAAUUUACGAUGUACUUUGGACAUAUUUAGUAGGAGGAAGUAGACAAAAUUCCGUCUAUUUAGCAAUGCAUUUAGAAUUCUUUGAAAACCAAUUGGAUAAACCGGAUCCCAUUGGAUCGUCUGCAACCAGCGUAUUAAUCCAACUAUUAAAAAACAACAGAAAAAUCGUUGAUCGUAUUGUAAAAACUCACAUAGAUAAAUAUAUUCAUUUACUAAAGACAAAAAGGCAUUAUAAAUAUUUACAAUUAUUGGGUUCACUGUGCGUAUGCUCCGAUAUUGCUAUGCCAGAAAAUCAGACCUAUAUUGUUCGUCACUGGUUGACUGAUGAGUCAAAGAGCUCUCUAUGUAGGUUAAAAGCUGAACAAUCGUCACACGAUAACAGUAAAUUUGAGUACUUUAUAACAAAGUUUGACGAAAAUGCUCCUAAGAAAAGAUUACCACUGAUAACAGAAGAGGAGAUGGAAAUAAUCGAGAGACAAGUUAUUGACAUAGAUAAUACAAGAUUCGACGAUGAUUUUAUGUACUUGAUCAAUCAAUUAGAUUUAUUUGAGAAACUGUGCUAUGGAAGAAAUGAAUACGCAAUAAAAGUAAUAACCAAGGAUUUGUCGUUUCUUACAUGGGAUGAAGCCUUUGGUUAUCUUAAAGAUAAUGAUUUACCAAAUCUCAUGAGAGCAAAGUAUUGUUAUUUAAUCUUAGUAUUGUUUAUUGAUGUGAGUCCAAGGGAAUCAUAUUUAGACUUUAUAACAUUAUCUUUUCUAUAUAACGAAUUCGACGAUGAUUACGGUAAAACAAGAGAUAGUACAGUAGAGAUAGGAGAACGAGAGCAUGAACUUAAAGUAUGGAUUUCAAAAUUUCUUGAAGAAAAUGCAGUAAUGCACCUAAAUUCUGGGGCUCUAAACGUACUAAUAAAGCAGGUACUACACCUCCUUUAUUGGCUUGUUAAGUUCCAUUUUUAUCAAACUUUUGAAGAUGUAAAACUAUUAAUGAAGCCACUUCUUGCUUUGCUCAAUGGAAAAAAUGAUAAACCUAGUGAUGAAGGUUAUCCGAUGUCAAGGAAAAUGGAAGAAUUUCUAAGGAGACAAAUGUUUAAGCAAAGUCCAAAAGCUAAAUUAAUUGUCAAUGCCAAAAUGGAGGCAAUGAAAAUUGUUGAAUUGUUCCUAAACAAGCGAUUUAAUACGAGACUUUACAGGUUUGUCGAAGAAUUUCGCAAAAUUUAUCUAUGGAAAUAUCGAAAUGAUAACCGCUAUAAAAGACUUGAAGAAUAUGCACCAUUGAUGGAUGAAGAUGAUGAUCUCUUAGAUAAACCAGAGAUGCUCAAAAGUAUUUUUGAAGAGUCAGCCUUUUUCAGAGGUGUAGGAGUUGAUCUUGUUGAGAUUCUGAAAGGUCUUUGUAAUUACGAAUAUGCCGAAAUGGUAGCAUCUUUGGAUGAACAAGUAAAUGAAAUGAUUGAGAUACUUCAAACAUUCGCAUCUUAUUGUAUUAGCGACGAAGACAUGAAAGAACCAAAUACUGUGAAUCAAAAUAUUCUCUAUACUAAUGGUGUUCUUUCUGAUGUUUUUGAUAUACUAACUAAAGAAAUGGAUACGAGUCUAUUAAAAAAACAAUACUGUGGUUUAAAAAGGGUGUUUGAAAGGGCUUUUACGUUGAUUAAAGCAAUGGCUAUUCGAAAUAACAAUGUUCAACAGAGACUCUUCCAAAGGAUAAAUAUGCUAAUGAGUAUUGAAGGAGCCGAACGUCAAAUGGCUGAAUCUCUUAUAGAAGUUUUUACAAAUAACAAGCAAACUUGUUUGAAGAUAAAUCAUUCACACAUUAAAAGAAUAUUUGAACUUAUUGUUAAGCACAAGUCGAACGUUCCUCAAUUCAUGGAAUUACUAGCUUCUAUUAUUAAAAUAGAAGAGUUGAAUUUACCUGUAAAAAAGAAUCAGAGCUUUGUUAUUAAACAUUUUAUGCAAAAUCUUGGAGAGAUUGGAGAAGUUUUAAAUAAAUCAACUGAUGAAAGAAGACUAAUAUUAAAGUCAAAAGAUCAGAAAUCAAUUCGAUAUUUUAUGUCCAUAAUAGAUUUAUUAGCAACAUGUUGCGAAGGUGAAAAUAAGGCUGUAGAGUCAAUGUGUCAUACUUUGUAUAGCUUUCCGCAUUUACUCGAUAUUUUAAAUGAUAAGCACAUUUCGAAUAUCGUUAAACGACCGUUUCUUAGAUUUUUCCAUUGGGCCUAUAUGCACACUGGAUUUAGUUCUACAGACCUAGAAAUAGAAGUGAUGAGUAAUCCGGGCUUCUUAAAAUUUAUUCAAUCAUUGAAAAUAGAAUUUGAAGAAUUAUCUAUAUAUAUUAAAGACAAUGGCCAAUUAAUUGAGGCAGCGCUACUAACAGACAUUAGAAAUAUAUUUUAUCAACAUCAUCGAUCCUCGCCAACUCAUCGUACAACAAAAUCUGGAAGGUCAAAUGUUAGAUAUAGGCGAACUAAACCAGAAUCAAAGAUUCCGAAUACUAAAGAAAUAAAUAAUUUACAUUAUAUUUUCGAAGCUGUUUUACCAUUUUUACAUAGUUUAUACGAAUCUUCUCACGUUUACGAUACCGAAUUAAAGAAAGCAAGUUCGGAUUUAGCCGUUGUUUUUCUGGAGUUUGCUCUAUUGAUUAAAUCUUAUCUUCGUAAGAAGAAGCAUUAUACCGCAAUAUUAAAAUGCGGAGAUGUUUUGUUGAAGCCUGAGAUUUGUGGUGAAUCAGUACAUCAAGUCGAAUUUUCAAAAACGUACAACAGAACAUCAAUUUGGCGCGAAACAGAUGUAGCAGCUAUGAUUGAAGAUCAAGGCGAAAAAAAGAAUUUAUUCUUAUUUGAAAUCGACGAAUCAGACUUAAAUGAUAAAUUGAAAAAUUUUACCAUAAAUUGUAGCGUUAUUUACGGUGGACCUAAUACUGUAAAGGACCAAAUUAAUUUCAAUUCUACUGAAGAAUACACGGAAUUAGAUGGUGACGAGCAGCUUCCUCUUGGUAAAGAGUUUCAGUCCCUUGUUGAUAUUUUUAUUAAUAAGUAUGAAAGUGACGUGGUGGCUAAAUAUCAAAUGGCAGAAAAGCUGGUAUUACAAUUAAAGUUGUCGGCGUCUUAUAGUCCUCCUUUUGAGAGACAUAAAGUUCAACAAGAAACUCUCGAUUUAAAAUGCUUGCAGAUUCUUCGAGCUCUGAUUCAUAAUGAGAUUGUUAAAUUACCCAAAAAUUGGGAAUUGAGUCAAAAAGAUCAUAGAUCACAAUUGAAAGCUGUCGCAGAUAUUCAACACGCAUUAAAGGAAUUUGGCGCUCAUAGUCAAGCCUUAGGCCACUUGUCAAAGCAAAGGGAUGAAACUGUUAGAGAAGUUAUUGCAUUUCAAGCUGCGAUGCUAUUUGGCGCUAAUAAAGAGAUUCAGAAUACUUUUAUUCAAUAUUUUGAUAAAACAAAAGAAACUUUUUUCGUUGCUAUUCAGAGUAGGAUGCACAUUUCUAUUAAUUGUACGAAAGAGAGACGAUUUUUACAAUCACAAAUUCGUGAUCAAAUUGCCGAUAGAGUACAAUUACUAACCCAACUGCAAAAAUCGAUUAAAAAGGGAGAAGUGUCAGAAAAUGAAAUACAAAAGACUAUACUAGCUGAAUCGUCUAACGAAAAACUUAUAUCGAAUGGUAUUUCUACAAAGACCAGUGACGCGUGGGGAAAAGAACGUAGGAAAUUAUUAAUGAAGAAGAAAAAUUCUUCAACAAAAUCCGAACAUAAAUUCAUUUAUCCACUCUUGAAACCAGUUACAAAGUUGACAAAAACUGCUGCAAUGGUUGUUAGACGUUUAACAAUUUCUGAAUCGAAAAAACCUUUAUUGAACUAUGCCGAACCUAUUGGAUGCAAAGAUACGAGUAGGAAGAGUUUAGUUGAACAGAAUUCUGGUGAAAUUUGGAGAACAGCUGCUGAAUGGUUUCACUUUAGAGAAGAGGAUUACGAAUAUAAAGAUGACGGUUACAUCGAACUUGUUUUAAAAAUGUUAGGUCUUCUAUGUGAUGGUCAAAAUAAGGGGAUACAAGAUUUCCUUCGAGAACAGCCGGAAAAUAUUAAAUCUGUUAAUUUAGUUAUGGAAACGACAAAAUUCUUAUCGCUUAUAUAUUCUUCUAUUAAUUCUAAUACCAUUGGACUAGUCUCAGAAUUGUUCAACACUUUAACAGAAUUUACUUCCGGUAAUAUUGCUAAUCAAGUGGUAGUGUUUGAUAAUAAAGUUAUAGAUCAUAUUAACUAUAUUCUAAGGGACGAUCUCCAAGACUGUUUAUUAUUAGAAAUUAUUGAACUUAAAAAAACCAUUGCCCUCUUUUUGUUUGCUUUGAUUGAAGAGAAUCACGUGAUAGGUCACGGAAAGAAGGCUAAGAGUAUUGGUGUUGAACAAGAUGUAGCCGAAAGUUUAGAAGUGGAAACAGUUUUUAAGAUCUGUACAGAAUGUUAUAAGAUUGCAGCAUAUAAGCAAAAAGAGAGUGACAGCGACGUUUUCGAUAAGAAAACAAAAAGAACAAUGAAUGAUGAUGUAGUGCAUGAAGAACUUAGAAACGAAGCUAUUGUUGUUGGAUUUAAAUAUUUUCAUGUAAUAUGUCGAAUUUUAGAACUCAGCGAAGAAUCUUAUGUAAAGAAAGCAUCCAUUUUAAAGUCAGCAAAUGAUUUUAAGGUAUGGUCUUUUUAUGAUAAUGGAACUUCAACAAUAGAAUUGGUAAGAAAGGGCAAUAUUCAAAAAGUCUAUUUUAGGGUUAAAGAUCGGAGUGUUCUCAGGGAGGACGUUAUAGAAAAAUUUAACUAUGAAGUUGAUAGAUCAACUCCAACCAAUAAACUCAGAGAUUUCCUAAAAUGGACUAAAGAUAUUAUAGAUAAUAUAAAAUACACAAGAAAAGUUCAUCAAAAUAGAUUCGCUAGAUUCUUUAUAAAAUAUUGGUACGAAUUUAACGCUAUAGUCAUUUUCCUCUCAUUUAUUAUUUAUUCCAUAAUGUUAAUUACUUGGCAAAAACCGCUGGAUAAUGGAAUUAAGCCUCGUUUAAAAUAUCCAAGCAUACAGCAAGUUAUCUGGGUUUUAGGAGGAAUGCAUAAUUUUUUCUCCUCUUGUGUCCUUAUAUCAUAUUUUAUAACAAAUAGACCAACUUUUCCAAAUAUUCAAUCAUAUUUAAAUAAGAAACUUAGUCCUAAAAAUUUACAAGCUCAAUUACGUAGAUUAUCAAAUCAACAAGAAGAAGAUGAAGAAUUGGAACAACAACUUAAUCCUGCUAAAAAUCAUUUAGAGGAGGAAAUGUUAGUUAUCCCAAAUGAUAUAACUUUUACGUAUCGAUUGAGAAAAGCUUUCUUCGAUUUGACAUUCUUUAUACUUAUUACUACAAUAGGAUUACAUAUAAUCUUUGGAGUGAUUGUAGAUACUUUCUCUGAGUUGCGAGAUAGUAAGUGGAAAAUCGAUCAAGAUAUGAAAAAGAACUGCUUUAUAUGCUCAAGAUCAAGCUACGAUUUCGAAGAUCAUAUUGGGGGCUUCGAACAUCAUAUUCAAGAUGAACAUAAUCAAUGGACGUAUUUAUUUUAUUUUAUCCAUCUAGACGAUACUAGAUCUAACGAUUUUACAUCAAUGGAAAAGUAUGUCAGUGAACAACUAGAAAAUGAAUGGUUCGAUUUUUUCCCUAUGAAUAGGGCUAUGUCUUUAAAAACUGAAGAAGAUUCUUUAGAAUCUCAAAUACAAAGUUUAAGAGAUGAAGUUAAUUAUCUAGUUGAUAUGAAGAAGAGAGACGAAGCGUUUAGAGAAAGAGAAAUACAACGAGAAAGACAAGAACAAUGGGAAGCUAUCCACAAGAAAUAG